GACUUGGAUAAGUCAUUAAAAUCACAAAUCUUAAUUUCGUCUGAAAUUUUUCUUGUGAGCUCCCAAACAAAGGAGCAAAGAGAAAAGUCUCAUUCAUGGGGUCUGCAUCUAUGGAAUGAAUCAAUCACUCUCGUUUUUAUUUUCCCAUAAACCUCCUUUUUUUUAAACUCGUCUUUUCAAAUUCUGUAAAAUCGUGACUGCUAUGCAUAGAUCUGGUACUGCAAUGGCGUGGAAUGUGUUCAAGUUCUGUACAGCCUUACGAGGUCUCGGAUCCAUCAUGAUCUUACUAGUUCUCGGCGUUGUCGGUGUUACCUAUUACGCCGUCGUUUUGUCUAAUUAUGGACCUGCUCUGUCUCAAGGAGGCGUUGAUUCCUUUGUCGCUCUUACCAUCAUUGUCCUCUUCCAUGUUCUCCUGGCGAUGCUUUUGUGGAGCUACUUCUCUGUUGUUUUCACUGAUCCUGGCGUUGUGCCACCUAAUUGGAGACCAGCUGCUGAUGAAGAGAGAGGUGAAUCUGAUCCGUUAACUAGUCUUGAGUUCGUCGGGUUACAGACAGAUUCUUCAAACCCUAGAGUUAGGUUUUGUAGGAAGUGCAAUCAACCAAAACCUCCACGCUGCCAUCAUUGUUCUGUUUGUGGUAGGUGUGUGUUGAAGAUGGAUCACCAUUGCGUUUGGGUCGUUAACUGUGUUGGAGCAUUGAAUUAUAAGUACUUCCUUCUUUUCUUGUUCUACACGUUUUUAGAAACGACUCUUGUGACUUUGGUUCUGAUGCCACACUUCAUAGCCUUCUUUAGUGAUGAAGAGAUACCUGGAACGCCUGGCACUCUUGCUACUACUUUUCUUGCGUUUGUUUUGAACUUGGCAUUUGCUUUGAGUGUGAUGGGUUUCUUGAUCAUGCACAUUUCUUUGGUUGCUGGCAAUACCACAACCAUAGAGGCAUAUGAGAAGAAAACAAGUGCAAGAUGGCGGUAUGACCUCGGCAGAAAGAAAAACUUUGAACAGGUAUUUGGAAUGGAUAAGAGAUACUGGUUCAUCCCAGGAUACACAGAAGAAGAUCUAAGGAGAAUGCCAGAGCUAUAUGGACUUGAAUACCCUUCCAAGCCUGACUUUGAUUCCCAGUAAUGCUGAAGAAGUUGGCUUUGAUCAUCAUCAUCAUGUAAAACAACAAAUACGUAGAGGACAGAGAGAUCUACUAACUUGAAGAAUGAUGCUUUCACUUGCCGGCAGUGUAGUGUCUUCAUAUAAAGGCCAGAAAAGUCAUUAGAUUAUGGGUUUUGUAAUGGAGGGAGAUUACAACUUAGCUUUGUUUGUUUACACAUAUGUUCAAUCUUAUUCAAUAGUUGAUAACUUCAUAUACAUAUAUGUUCAUCUUCCAAACAUAGCUUCUCUUUUAAAUUGCUU